AUGCUCGAUGUGGCGGAAAAGCUUGCAGAACUACCUACUAAUGAUGUUGGUGAAUAUUUUCGUGGAUUUCGAACAGAAGGAUUGUACAAUAUGCGACACGAUUUACCAGUCCAACUUCUGCGUUUGAAAUCUUUUCGUCAAAAAUUGGCACACUUGAAACAGACGGUUCUGUCCGCUUCAAAAAGUUUUGAUGAUAAAUAUUUGCUUUUUUGGAGGUCUUUGAAGCAGGAUGCGCCAGAUAUUCACAGUCGUUUAGAAAGUGUCCUAGAGCAAAUUAAGGAAUUAAAUUUUCUUAGAGUUGCUCAGAAUCUUACCAUUGCUAGUUCAAAUAUUACAAAAGCAUUGCAAUCUUCAAACUUUUCUAUUUUAUAUGAAAGCGUUCGUUUGUUGAGAAGAAAUGUUGAUAUAGAUUCCCAACUGGAUGAAAAAGGGACUAAAAAUAUUGAGAAAAUGACCAAACAGUUAUUGAUCGAAAUAGAAACGCUUCUUUCUAAUGCCUUCAAAGAUUUACUGAAGAAAAUUCGUUACCCACUGGAGGCAAGUAUUGAUCUAAAAAUACAUGAAAAAACAAUUCAUCAUAUUGCUGUUUUGUUGAAGUGUUUAAGUAUUCUGGAUAAUGGCUUUAUCAAUUGCGUGUGUGAUAGACUGAAGAUUUUGAUAGCACUGACUGCUCCGAUGGAGAAGCGGUUUCGCUAUCAUUUUUUCACUGAGCAGAAGACAAAUGAUUUGUCAAAACCAGAAUGGUUUUUUACCCAAAUACUGACGUGGAUUUCUGCAAAUUUAGACUUAAUUAGCUCUAUUUUGCUGAAAAUUUUCGAAGACAAGGCUGAACGAACAGAAAUGUUGAAUCAGUUUGUGAAUAGUUUGGUAAAUUUGGCACAAGAAAAAGUUCGAAUUAUGAGACAAAUGGUAGCAGAUGAUCCUGAAUUGUUCUCCCAUCUUAUUGACGAAUGUGUCGCUUUUGAAAAUGAAUUGCAAGAUAUCGCAAUUCCUGUUCGUUCAGGGAUUGUGCUCGGUGUUUUAUGUGAAGAUAUAUAUUUACUAAAAUGGCUGCAGUUGGAGCGUGAGAGCUGCAUUGCAGGUGUUGAGCAUGUGCUUUGUGAAGAAGAUUGCUGGAACAAUCGGUACCACAAUUUUUCAGAUGUCGACAUGCAGCGAGUGCCGGAAUGUACCGAUCAGUUUCUACUAAUGAUAGAAUCAGUUACAGAACGCUAUCGGUGGAUUGAGAAUUUAGAAUUGCAGUCUCAGUUUCUUAACAUACAAAUAUUUAUGCUGGAUGAUUUUCGAUUACGUCUAGUACAUAUCUCGCAGCAGGUUGCUUCACCAUGGCAAAAACCCUUCAUUCACAUCCUUAAUUCUGCUUGGUACAUAGCUCAUGUUUUGGAUGAAUGGAAUGAAGUGGAUAUCUUUAUACGUAUUCAGGCAUUAGGUAAAAAAGCUCAUUUUCGUGGUGUUUUUGAGGACAUAGCGAGCAUGUAUAAACAUUUAUGGCGGCAGCGAGCGGAAGACUUGACAGUAGCAUUUUAUCAACAUAUCUAUGCUUCACUUAGUCGUUAUGAACGUGAGCAUUGGUAUUCAUGGAUAGUAGACAAACCUUCGGAUUUGACUUCAUCUUUUUGUCCAUUCUUAUUAGAAGUUCGUCGACUGCUCAGAUAUGUUAAUAAUCUUAUAUCUCCUGACUCAGCUACUAAACUAUAUGAAAUGCUUAAUGAGAAAGUUGCGGAAGCUUUACUCACGAUGAUUACUGCAUUGUCACUGAAUGGACGAGGAGCUGCACAGAUACUGUAUGACAUAACAAAUAGUCUCUUACCAGUGCUUAAUUCUUUAUACACCCAGAAUUCGGAUAAUGUUGCUUUAGAAGCUCUAGAUGAACCUAAAUUCGUUGAGGUCAUUUCGUAUCUGAAAAUCUUGAGUCAGUCGACUGGUACAGCUAUUCUCUUAUAUGAGGAACUGAAGCGAACUACUGAUGAUAUGGCAUCAUCGUUAUUGGAACCGUUCGAUGCUGCAACCAUAGAUCGUUCAAAAGCCUUAGAGCUGCUCAAGCAUCGUUCGGACUUGCAAUUAACAAGUAACGAAGUCAUAAAAUUUUAA